AUGGCGCUGUACCUCACAACCCGCAGGCAGUCUGUAAGUCUCGCUCUCCGUCCUGGGUCUCCCCAGGACCCUUGUCCCUCUCCCCUAUCUCUGAGCCCCACCCCACCCUUGGCAGCCACAGAACGUCACCUGAAACCGUGGCUGGUGGGCCUGACGGCGGUCGUGGUGUUCCUGUUCAUCGUCUUCGUGCUCUUGUUGGCCAACCGCAUCUGGUGCUCCAAAGCCAGAGCCGAGGAUGAGGAGACCACCAUGAGAAUACAGCCCAACCCUUACGAGACCAUGGGCCCGAGGAAAGAAAGCAAGAAGGAGAAUAAAAAGAAAGAAGGAGAGCGCAAUUUGGGAUUGGAGCUGGAAGAGAAAGAACCCGCAGACUAUGAGAUCAAGACCAGCAUGUGAAGGCGUCCUUUCUCACCCAGGGAGCAGCACCCCAAGCUUGGAGGCAGCAGUGCCAAGUGGGGUCCGAUUUUGGAGCCCUCAGGGCAGGGUUCUCUGGGACCUGGUCCUGCUGGUGGUUCUGCUGGGAGAGCAACCCUGCCUGAAGGAGCUGCCGGUCCCCACAGUUUAGCUCGGCCAGAUUCAUUUUCCCUCUGCAUGAUCCCUUUUGGCGAGAAGGUGCCUGCCUCGUGCAGCCUUAGGGCCACAUCGGCCAAAGUCUCACUGUUGAGGGCCCCAGUAAAAAAAUCAGCCUGA